GAGGAAUAUCCUGAUGAGGAUUUAGCAAAGCAUAUAAUCUUACGACUAGAACAAAGGUGGAAGCAAUGGGAGCAACCAUUAUUGUUAUUAGCUUUUCUUUUAAAUUCAAGUAUUCGUGAUACUUGGUUCAGAACUAAUACUGAUAAUUUAAACUUUACAUACCUUGCCCAAUUUAUUACUUAUUACUAUAAAGUAUGGUUUGAGUAUCAACUAACCUGUAUUCUACUUGAGUUUGAAAAAUAUAGAAAAUAUGAAUACUCAUUUGAUCAUUCAACAUAUAAACAAUUUAAAGAAAAUAUAUUAAAAUUUUGGGAAUUUGUCUCCCCCUCAACUAAAGAAUUGGGACCUUUACCUGUACGGCUAUUUGGGAUUUGUGUUAAUGCAGCAUCUGUAGAACAAUUAUUGAGUUCGAUGGGAUUUAUCCAUACUAACCAACGAAAUUGUCUUCAA